AUGUGCCUGCUCCCGCCUCGCAAACCCCUGCUAAGGUUGCUACGAGCGUCGUAUACGGAUGGACCGCCCCCCCUUGCGAGCAGCCGUUGGAACUUGGACCCUGCACGGAAGGCGUGCAUACGCUGGAAGGAUGGAUGCUGCGAUAUCGAGCAGCCCUUACGACCAAGCGAGCGGGCCGGAUCCAGCGCAGCACAGCAGCACACCACCCAACCCCGCCGCUGGUGCUGCGCAACAGGGCUGAGAUUUUACCAAGCUCGUCGCGAAGUCGAUUACAAAGGCCCCCAGCCAGGAAUAAACCCAAAACGUGCAGCGGCAAAAGUCGUGACCGAGUGCGAGUUGCGAGAGUCGGUGAAUGGCACGUCAUGGCUGCAGGCCUGCCUCCUCCUAGUGUUGGCUUGUAUUGCGACCGGAGAUUGUGUGAAGCCGCCUUCCAUGCGCUUUGCAAAUGCUGUGCCUAAUCGCCCUGCUGGACGCGACAUGCCAUGGCUGCCGCAACGUCCACGCACCGCCAGCAGCAGCAGCAGACUCACGAUCGACGGUGGUGGUAUGCCGGACCGCGCCCUUGGCUCAGCAUCAGUCAGUCCAUCACGAUGCCGGCGGCCGACCGCGGGUCCGCAGGCGCUGCUGCUCCGUGGUGAAGAUUUCGCGAGGGCAUCCGCCGCGAGCUCUGCUCAGUGCUGUUGUGCGCUGCUUGCUGUUCCCGCUGAGACAUGGAGGUGUUGGAGGCCACGCGUAGCGCGAGCGGAGGGGUUGGAGGUUGCCCGUUUGGCCAGUGCCGCUUCGCGUUUGGCAUCUGUCUCCGCCUCAGGGCAGAUCCUGUGGCAGCGCGGCGACCACUGCUGCUGCUGCUGCGCCCUGGUGGCCGCCCUCACCACCUCACCGCUCUCCACGAGGGGGCAGCCCCUCGACGUGCUGGUUACCGCUGCGCGCCCUAGCAGGGCUCUGGAGUGGUAUGGGGAACCUGCAGUCAGCCCUACGCACGACGGUCCAGUAGAAAGGCGGCGCAGGCAGAGGAUUGUGCCAACGGCCGGUUUGUCAUGCUCCCCAAAUUUACCAGACGAAUCGUCCGCACGCUCGGCUGGUCCCGCUCUAGCGGUCGAUCACCACCAAGCAUCUCGGUGUGCACCCAGCCUUACGGAAGCCCUCUGCCACGUGGAGACGGGGUGCGACUCUGCUGCACCACUUCUCCGACUCGCACACGACCGCCAUGCUGCUGCGUUGGGCCCUCCAUCAAGCACUCUCGCACGCACGCCCUUCGACGCUCGCUUCGAACGAAACUGCAGCUCGCGUACCACUAACCACCGCGAGCCCUACACGCCUCCAGCACUGCAGGACACUGGCGCAGAGCAGGCGUCGUUUCGGGCAAUAGGUGAAAUCAUGCCCUCAGCCGCACCCGUCGGGAGACGCCUUUCAACUUUGACGCUUUUGGGGCGUCAAGAGCGAAAGGUUACAGCAAGUAGCUUGUCGCACGACCAAAAUCGCAGCAAAAUUAGCCCGGAUUGGAUGGAGGAGUGCGCAGUCACCACUACUACUCGCGCUGCAAGCUACUCCUUACAGAAGCACUGCAGAGGGCUUGGGCCAUCAGGCGAGAGUUUGUCACGACGAUAG